AUGCGGCCUAAUAGGCCGAGGAACCCGAGCGGAAUGCUUAUGGGACCAAAUGACCCAUUCUUCGAGGAGGGACCCAGACAGCUAAGGGCCCCAGGAAGCACAGCGCCACGCUACGACACCAUAGGACCGUUUGGACGCGAACCAGAUCCUUCCAUCGAUCCGUCGCUGCAUCCCUGGUCGCCGACGGCGAACCGCGGAGGCAUGAUGGGAAGAGGCCCCGGACCGUUCCCUGGGCCCGGUGGGCCGUUCUUCUGA